GCAUGACUAUUUCAGCGAAUUCAAAGAAUUAAUACGGAAGUACACAUAUCGGCAAACGAUAUUUAGCCGGCUGACUUGGAUCAUAACUGAGCCCUGAUACAUUUUUACCACACGCGUUUUCUUCCACGCGGAGUUCAGUCAACACACAACAAGUACAGUUGAUGAGACAGGAUUUAUGGAUGGGAGACCGAUACCUUUGGUAUGGCACGCCGGUCCGGAAUUGACAAGUACUGCGCGCCGAUCGCAAUCGCCCUCUGCGUGGUCCGUGGGACCGCUGGGACACUGGUCACCCAAGACGAUCUUCACAGUAGUGACCGCGUUUGUGGUCGCUACGACCACGUUUGCAUUUUACUUCGUGAAUGAUAGUGUCGCCGUGGAUUUUUCAACAACAGUUGUCUGGGCUUUUAACUAUCGUAAUGUAUCUGCCCCUGCACUGGACAAGCCCUUGGCGGCCAUCAAUCUGCCUCGAGCCAAGACUACAACGUCGGGCAACGACACAGGAGGGUACUGUCCUCCGCUAAAGAACAUCUCAAAUCUCAACAAAAGUAAUGUGCUGCACCUUGAAGAAACAUCGAUGGACACAACAGAGUCUCUUGUCUUUGGAGAUAUGAAGGACAAGAUUCUACACCUUGUGGAAGGGGGCAACCGACACUUGAGGGCGCCCUCGCUACAAACGACCUCCACGUCUAGCUACGAUGGGCUCCUGGAUAGUCUUAUCCCGCUGGGGGCCACCGUGGGCAACUACUCCUACUUACCAGGAGGACACUGGAGGCCAAGACACUGCACGCCAAGAUGGAAGGUUGCUAUCAUCAUUCCUUACAGACAUCGGGAGUAUCACUUGCCGAUACUUUUGCGACAUCUCGUUCCGAUGCUUAAGAGACAACUCCUUCAGUUCGCUAUCUACGUCGUAAACCAGGAAAAUGAUCUGCCUUUCAACCGCGCUACGUUGAUGAACGUAGGCUUCCUAGAGUCUCUGAAUUUCUCCAAGUGGGACUGUUUUGUCCUGCACGACGUGGACCACGUGCCACUGAGUGAUCUGAAUAACUACGGGUGUACAAACAUGCCAAAGCGAAUGUUGUCUGGAUCGGACAGAUGGAACAACAAGAUACCUUACCGUACUUUCUUUGGAGCUGUCACUGGUAUGACGAGGGAGAAUAUACGGACCAUCAACGGCUUCCCCAAUGUAUACUGGGGCUGGGGAGGCGAAGACGAUGAGAUUUGGAGACGAGUGAGGGCGCACCAUAUUCGCAUAAUUAAAACAAAAGGCCCGACUCACUUCUACAAGGUCAUUGCACAUCACCAUGACAGCGCUCCGAAAAAUAAAGAUAGAAAGAAGCUCCUUCGUACGUUCAAAUCACGCUUCAACCACGACGGGUUAAACAACAUAAAGUACGCUCGACUACGCAUAGAACUCCAUGCUCUCUACACAAAUAUAUCGGUUGACAUCCAAAAACUUUGAGCAUAAUGUCUAUCCACUGUGCUGCAACUAAUUUAAUACAUUGUUUCAAGAAACCAAUGAUGUAAUGUAAGGACAAUAUUACAUGUCAUAAAUAAAUAUGGUAUGUUAGGUGCCGAUUUCAGGAAAAAAGUCUCUGCGCAUUUUGUAAAGGCUUUAUUCGAAAGAAAAUAAUGCAGCUGCACAGCCAGUCUUCAAACGGCACUACUUCGGUUCCAGAUAUUCAAAAGCUCUGUGAAUACAGCACUAUAGUACAGUAGUGAUUGGCUGGUCGGCAAGCCGCUAUCCAAUCACAGUCUUUGUUAUAUCAUGGAUUGGCUGGCUUCCCGAGUGCAAUAAAUUAGGAACUCAACAAGUUCAGUAGUCAACUUCGAACAAAGGCAGAAGAGCGUGACGGGAAAUGCUGGUUCAAUGAUAGAUAGCCUACAUACCU